AUGGAGGAGCAGUUUCCCACCGUUUUGCUGCCGGGCGAAGCCGAAGCCUUGGUGGAGGCGUUGAGGAACUUCCAGCUGCGAGAUAUCGGGGGCCACGGGUGGCUACAGCAACAUGAGCAUAUUGAAAAGCUUAACAUGCAGGCCAUACUGAGUGCUUCUGCUGGACAUGAGCAGCUCCUUACUGAGCUUCUGGUGAACAAUGGCAAGAUCCCAACUCUGAUUGAGGAAUUAAUCACUGUGGAGACCUGGAAGCAGAAGAUAUUCCCUAUAUUAUGCAGGCUGGAGGAUUUCAAACCAAAAAGCACAUUUCCCAUAUACUUAGUGCUACGUCAUGAAGCUUCAGUUAUUAACCUCCUGGAGACAGUGUUUUUUCACAAGGAAAUCUGUGAAUCAGCAGAGGACUCCAUUCUGGACUUGAUAGAUUACAGCCAUAGGAAGUUGACCCUGUUAGCAGCUCGAAGUGCCAGUGGGAAGAUCCCAGUUGAACAGAAGCUUCAGCCUGAGGAUCUUGCCAAUCCGUCAUCAAUGCAGGAAUUAAAGAAACAAGCUGAAGAGAUGGAGUUUGAAAUCUCACUGAGAGCUCUUUCUGUUUUCCGUUUCAUUACUGGUCUGUUAGAAAGUUUGCCAGUGAGUGCUGUGACAAGGAUUCUGAAUACCCACAACUUUCCAUGCCUUUUGGUACAGUUGGUAGAGCAUUGUCCAUGGAGCUGCUAUAAAGAAGGGAAGCUAAAGAAGUUUGAGAAUGGUUCAUGGUAUGAGGUGCCUCAUGAAGACCAUGUGAAGUUGUCUAAGCUGGAUGGGCAAGUGUGGAUUGCUCUCUACAACCUGCUCCUUAGCUCAGAAUGUCAGCACAAGUACAACUUCAAUAGCUUUAACAAAAACCAGCUCUUGAAGCUCCGUGCCUUCCUGAAUGAUGUCCUCAUUGACCAAUUCCCCAAUCUUUUGGAGAUGCAAAGAUUCUUGAGCCAUCUUGCUGUGACAGACCCUGUUCCACCCAAGAAAGACCUCAUACUAGAACAGGUUCCUGUAAUCAGGGACCGCAUUGUCAGACAGAACUCUGGAAAAUGGCAAGCAGUUGCCAAGCACCAGGUAAACAAUAUGUUUAGCCCUUCAGAGGAGGAACUGAAAAACCAGGCUUGCAGAUGGGCAAAGACAUACAACCUGGAUGUGAUGGAAGCCCUGAUCCCAGAUAAACCAAAGUGUGGGAUGUGUGGCUCUGAGGCAACAAAACGCUGCUCCCGUUGCCGGAAUGAAUGGUACUGCAGACGAGAGUGUCAGGUACAGCACUGGCAGAAGCACAAGAAAGCUUGCAACUUGAUGGCCGAUACUUUGAAGAAAAUACAGGAAAAUGUACAAAUGCAGGCAACAUUCACCACAUAAUAAUUAUGGGUAGAGGAAUUUUCUCCAGUUCCUCUUUUGACAAAUGGGCUGAAUUUUAGAGUUUUAGAUUACAAAAGGUCCAAUUGACAACCUAAGGAAGCCACAAUGUCAGAUUUAACAGACUUCAUACACAUACAACCUAGAAAUGAGGAACAAGAUUCUUAUACAUUUCAAGAGAUUACACUUAGAAAAAAUUGAACCCACUUUGCAGAAAAACAUGCCUGUCUUGGCUUCUCUCCCCUGUGCCAUUGAAUCUCAAGAUACCACGGCUGCUUGUUUCCUAGAUUCUGGAAGUUAUGAAUGCAUGCUGGAGACUCCCUAGGAAUAAAGAGACUCCCUAGGAAUUUGGAAGGGCUGUAGUUUAGUUGUGCUAAAGGCAGAUGUUCUUUGCUUUACCUUCCAGCAUUUUUAAGUUUUGAGAAUUCUUUUGCAUACUGGCUUAAACGAAGAGCCUACUCAGUCUCAUGACACUGCAACUAACUAGUCUCUGCAACAGUUAACAGCAGAGAUAAUGAAGCUGACUUGCAAUUAUUUUCUUCCUGCAAACAGAUCACUGCUGCCCAUAGUACCUGCUGUGGGAAUGAAAACCUGAGCCUAAAGAGUGUCUCUUUGGAAGACUGUCAUUGCUAAACCUAGAAAGCACAAAUAUUUUCUGGAUUGUUUUUUACAUGCCAUUCUAUGCUGUUGGACAUUGUCCAGAUGAGGCUUCACUAUGCUGCUUUUCAUUGAGAUAAAAUCUUAGAGCACUAAGGAUCUUGUUCAGAUUCACCCUAUUUUUCAGCACUAUAGAGUGUAUGGACGUAUUCACACACAAGUGGCUUUCUUAUAUUUUACAAAGUUCCUAUGAGAUCUGAGGAAUUAAAAUAUAGUUUUGAAACUAUAGGUAUAUCCUAAAUACUUAGAUCUCAGUCCUGAGACAGUUCAUACUUAAUCUUGUUGGAACUUAAAUUUUUUUGCAAACCAUGUGUUUGAUACAAACCUAUGUAACUGUGGCCCAAUUGCCCUUUGUGAAGAAAAGGUGCUCUGGAGGGAGUAAGAAGCAGCAGACAGGAGGCGAGUGAUUGUCUACCCUGUUCAAAAUUCCAACCCUUCCUUGUAGGUUUUUGCCCUUUGGGCUUCAAAAGUGCUGUUUGUAAAUGCUACAGUUACACAUAUUUGUAUAUAACAUUCUUUGACCCCAAUUUAUGUCAGUUACUUUAACAGAACUUAGGUGCAAUUAACUUUAUCUAGAUCAGGACCCUAGUGCUUGGAAAUAUUUUGAUAUAUUAAAAUAGCUCACAUGUAUUUUGUACUGUGGGUCAAAAAGAAUGGAGAGAGCUGACAGGCAGUAUUACCACCCAUCCCAUCUAGCUGCUGAAUUGCAAUGUUUCUUCAGAAACGCUGAGUGUUAAACUAAGGGAGGAAAAAGAGAAAGGAUGUGGUUAAUUAAAGAAUUUCAGUUUGCUAAGCUACAAGGUUUCAGAGUUAAAACACAUGACAUCUUCU